CCCCCUAUUGUUCGCACAUGGUACAGUCGCGUGUUAGAGGCUGGAUAGUGUCUGUUACAAUAGCUUUUCAUGCAGCUGCUCUGUGCUGAGAUCUCUAGAUAUUCUCCUGAAUUCUCAUCACAAGUUUAACUUAAGCGCAGGAAUCCAGAUCCUCCCCGAGAAGCAGACAGUAACCGGGGGGAUCAAUUAUCUUUGCGAAUCUACCGAUUUCCCUACAAAGCUCCUGAUCUCCAUUCAAAACAAAUAAAUCUCAGCAGACACUGGCUUUCUAUUUGAGUAGGGAGGGGGCUGGACGAUAUUCUUCUUCCCUCCCUGGUGAUGAAGGCUUUUCCCCCCCAACUGUUAAACGGAUCCUGCUGCCCUUAGGAAUGAGACUGCAUCGAAGAAGCAAAGAAUAAACCCUAAUAAAAAGUGAAACUGCAACACCCCUGGAAGUAUCUGCAACGGGCCAAUUAUUUUAUCUUUUGGGGGACAUGGAAAACCAGACUGUGGAGAUCCCAAAGGAGGUGGGAAGACUAGAAGAGCAUAUACAAGAUGUUAAAUUAAAUAAAGAAGAUGUUGAUGUACAACAAGACACAACGGAAACCCCUUUGCAGAAGACGGACCCCCAGCUAGAAGGUUGUCAAAUGAGCACAAGGACAGAGACUCCCAGCUCCUCUUCUAUGUCUAAGUGUCAUAGCUCCCCUCAACAGACUGAAGGUCCUCUCCUUGAUGGACCAGAACCCUCAUCCUCACCCUUGCCCACACUGGAGGCAUCUAGAUUAUCCCCUGAGGGCCACAGCUCAUCAACACACACAGAAAGUCAGACCUCCUCUCCAGUAUCCGAAGGAUGUAGUUUGCAGAAAGAAGAGCAAAUUGCAAAAUGUGAUGCCCCGUCUCCCCCUCCUGCUCCAUCUCCUAGUACUGUUGUCAGUUCCAGGCAAAAACCUGACACCCAAAAAGCAGAACAGCGGCAGAAGCUGGCCAAGGAGAGACGGGAAGAGAGAGCCAAGUAUUUGGCUGCCAAGAAAAAUGUGUGGUUGGAGAAAGAAGAGAAGGCCAGACAGCUUCGGGAGAAGCAGCUCCAAGACCGCAAGAAGAGGCUGGAGGAACAGAGGCUGAAAGCAGAAAGGAAGCGGGUUCUGCUUGAAGAACGGCAACGGCUAAAACAUGAGAAGAACAAGGAACGAUACGAGGCUGCAGUAAACAGAUCCGCCAAGAAGACAUGGGCAGAGAUCCGGCAGCAGAGGUGGUCGUGGGCAGGAGCGCUGAUCCAGAACUCCCCUGGACCUAGAGGUGGUGCAAACAGAUGCUCAGUGUCUGCAGUAAAUCUCCCCAGACAUGUUGACUCUAUAAUCAACAAGCGACUGUCUAAAUCCUCUGCAACCCUAUGGAACUCUCCAAGUAGAAACCGAAGUCUACAGCUCAGCCCCUGGGAAAGCAGUAUUGUAGACCGAUUGAUGACCCCCACUCUCUCUUUCCUUGCACGGAGCCGCAGUGCAGCCAACCUUCCAGGGAACAGUCGAGAUCUGAGUUCUCUUGUUUGUCCUCGCUCUUCUUCUGCUAGCCCUUUGACACCAUGUAACAGUCACAAGCACCGCUGCGUAGAACGUCGUAGGACCAUUGCCAGUACCACAGAUGUGACCCCCAGGAAAAGCAGUGAUUCACCGAAAAAGAAAGAAAAGAAGGAGAAGGAUCGAGAGAACGAGAGAGAGAAGAGUGCUAUAACCAGGGAACGUGUCCUAAAGAAACGCCAGUCCCUGCCUGCCACUAAGAGUCACAUGUCUCCUGCUACAGACAGCUUGUUGAAGUCCAAAAACCGACCGCCCUCACCAGCCACUCCUACUCAUCGCGUGGCAUCCCCUGUUCAAGGCACCGUGGGACAAAUCACCCCAAAGCAGUCCUCCACAAAAAAUAUUCAAGGGGCAACAAAGGCCAAACCCAAGUCAGACAAGCGUAAAGAACACAAGCCUAAAGAAGACAAAACUCCCAUUAAGACCAGAGAGAAAAAGGAAGAACGUAAGGUGGAGAAAGAGAGGCAGUCGUCACCUGCUCCCCCAUCAGAGGAAAUAACCAAGUUGCAAGAAGAACAAGAAACGACUCCAAUCACAGACCUUGCAGCUACUCCCUCGGUCCCUGUAAUUGCCCCUAUACUAGCUCCCUCGUCCAUUACCGCAUCAGUGAUCACGCCAUCCCCAGUUCCUUCUCCCAGUAAGCCUAUGGCAGGCACUACUGACAAGGAGGAAGCUGCUCGUCUGCUGGCAGAGAAGAGGAGGCAGGCUCGGGAGCAGAGAGAGCGGGAGGAACAAGAGAGGAGAGAGAGGGAGGAACAGGAAAGGCGUGAGCGGGAAAAGGCUGCCCUCAAGGAGGCUGAGGAGAGGUUGCAGAGGGAGGCAGAGGCACGGCUCCUUGAGGAACAGAAGAGACUGGAAGAGGAAGAGAGGCGUCAAAGGGAAGACGAGCAGCAGAGAAUGGAGGCUGAAGAGCGAGCCAAGGCUGAGCAGGAGGAGAUGGCACGUCUGCUGAAACAAAAAGAAGAAGCUGAAGCUAAAGCACGAGAGGAAGCUGAAAAACAGAGAUUGGAGAGAGAAUUGCAUUUCCAGAGAGAAGAGAAGGAGAGGCUUGAACGCAAGAAGCGUCUUGAAGAGAUAAUGAAAAGGACAAGAAAAUCUGAUGUUUCAGACAAAAAGAAAGAGGACAAGCUGACAUUGAAUGGAAAAGAAACCAAACAGUCUGUACCAAGCAAAGAUGCAGAAAAUCCUACUGAAAAUAUAAUGAAAGUGGAACUUCCAGAGAAAAAAGUGGUGAGAAUUCAAGAGAAGAUGGGAGUACUUGAUUGUCCACAAGGGGUUCCUGAUGCUGUGGUGAACGGGGUCCAAACUCCCAAACAAGAAAAUGGAUUCUCUUCUAAGGAUGCUUCCCCUGCUUUUGAGGAGGUGAUCACGCUGUCCGAAAUUAGUAAUCCUAUUGUCGAGAAAGGAAUUUCCCCUGGAGAGCCCAUUAUUGCUUUUGGAGGAAAAGAUUCUUUCAUAAAUAAGGCAACUGUUCAACCCCCUCAAGUCACAGAAGUUCUGUAAAGUGUUGCAACAGGAGCCUGAGGUGCUGCUUAGUGCAAGGUCUUUCUGGUGUCACAAGGAUGGGACUGAUUGACAAGAGACCUUUCUGGGUUGAAAACCCGGUUUUGUUUUGUUUUUUAACCUUUUUUUUUUCUGAUGUUUUCAUGGACACAAUGACUGCCAGGAGGAAAUCCAAAGGCUUCGUUAAUUAGGCAAGAAAAUAAUAUAACAAAUCUGAAAUUCUGAAUGUUACAAGACAAUACUACAAUAUCUUUUCUCAUGUGAUGUGGCUGAUACCAGGAAACACUUUACCGGUGCCACAGCAUAUCCACUGGACACUUCCUAGUGUUAUUACUAUUUUGUUCUAUGUGUUUUUUUUUUAUAACAUGCACCUUAUAUUAAAAUAAAGAAAACAAAACUGACAAAUCUCACAAUAAAGUAAGGGUGGAAACAAAAUGAUAAAAGGAAGUGGUUUCGAGAAUUCCACCGAUUACUGAAAAUGUGUGAUAGAGCUUACUGGUGUCCUUAAUUAUGUAGCUAUUUAACAAAGAGAGAGACUGCUGGGUACCAUGCUGUAUAUGAAUUCUGUAAAUAAAACCUCACAGUGUUACAUCAAU